CUCCGGUUCGUCGAGCGCUGCCUUUUCGGUUCCCACGUGGGAGAGCUGACGAUGGCGGCCUUGGCCGAACCGGAGGCCCACGGCCCGGGAAGCCGGGGCGGCCCCGGCAAAGGUCGAAGGCCCCUCCGAGGCCGUCUGGCCAAUCAGAUCCCUCCUGAGAUCCUGGCUGACCCACAGCUGCAGGAGGCUGUCCAGGCCUUGCCUUCAAACUACAACUUUGAGAUCCCCAAGACCAUCUGGAGAGUUCGGCAAGCACAGGCCAAGAAGGUUGCCCUGCAGAUGCCAGAAGGCCUUCUCAUGUUUGCUUGUACCAUUGCUGACAUUCUGGAAAGGUUCACCGAAGCUGAGGCCAUAGUGAUGGGGGACGUAACGUAUGGUGCCUGCUGUGUGGAUGACUUCACUGCCCGAGCCCUGGGAGCUGACUUCCUGGUGCACUACGGCCACAGCUGCCUGGUGCCCAUUGACGUCUCGGCCCAGGGUCUUCGGAUGCUCUAUGUCUUCGUCGAUAUCCGGAUAGACACUGCCCACUUAGUGGAUUCGGUCCGACUCACCUUCCCCCCAGCGACUUCCUUGGCCCUGGUCAGCACCAUCCAGUUUGUCUCCACUUUGCAGAUAGCUGCCCAAGAGCUGAAGACCGAGUACAAAGUGUGUGUCCCUCAGUGCAAGCCCCUGUCCCCCGGAGAGAUCCUGGGCUGCACGUCCCCUCGGCUCCCCGAGGAAGUGGAAGCCAUUGUGUAUCUUGGUGAUGGCCGGUUCCAUCUUGAGUCUAUCAUGAUUGCCAACCCUGGCAUUUCUGCCUACAGGUAUGACCCCUACAGCAAGGUCUUGUCCAGGGAGCACUAUGGGCACGAACUCAUGCAGGCCGCCCGCCAGGAGGCCAUCUGCUCCGCCCGUUCUGCCCGAUCCUGGGGGCUCAUCCUGGGCACCUUGGGCCGACAGGGCAGCCCCAAGAUUCUCGAGCAUCUGGAGUCCCGCCUCCGCCCCUUGGGGCUCUCCUUCUUCCGCCUGCUGCUCUCCGAGAUCUUCCCCAACAAGCUCGGACUGUUCCCCCAAGUGGACGUGUGGGUGCAGGUGGCCUGUCCGCGGCUUUCCAUUGACUGGGGCACAGCCUUCCCUAAACCGCUGCUCACCCCGUACGAGGUAACGUCCUUGAGAGGCCGGGGCAGGAAGCUGGGAGUGGGGGCGGGGGGCGGGCCCUGCCUAAGGCACCAUCCCCCUGCAGGCCGCCGUGGCCCUGAGGGACGUCUCCUGGCAGCAGCCCUACCCCAUGGACUUCUACGCGAGCAACUCCCUAGGACCGUGGACAGCGAACUACGCGAGCCCCCGACAGCGUCCGCGGCCAAGGCCGCUGUCCUCGGGCACCGGCGAGCAGGUGAAGGGGACACCCGUGGCUACCGAGCCGACCAUCGGUUGCAAUGAUUGCGCCUGCCUCGAGGAGACAGUGCAUUCGCCCGCCCCCUGAAUG